GUGACAGGAAGAGACCGGUCGACAACUGCCCAAAAGAACAAUAUUGUGACAGUAUCCCUUCAAAACAGCUGUAACAUCCGGAUAUCAAUACGGCGGCGGGGGCUGGAUGACAUUCGUGACACGGUACCAUGUUCAAUCAAGAGGAGCCUUGGGUAAUUUCCCCUGAUAAGCAGACGACGAUCGCCAUGAUUACCCCGCCAAAAAAACGACACCGAUGCCACCACUGCCGGUAUUCCACCAACCGUCGGAACAACCUCCAGCGACACAUACAGGCGAUGCACAGCCAGACUGCGAUACCACUCCGGUGCUGCGGGACAGAUUUUCAAAACAAGGCAGCGCUGCGGCAGCACACUCGGGCCUGCCACCGGGAUGGCUACACUUGCCAAGAGUGCGGCCGUGUCUUCUGUCGAAAGGCACUGCUCCGGCGACAUCAUAGCGUGCACAGCGGCGUCAGGGAGCACGUUUGUGACAUGUGCGACUAUGCCACAAGCCACAAAAGCAAUUUAGAAAGACACAAAAAAGUUCACGAUCGAGAUUCAUCUGAAACUGAUCAUAGGGAAAACAAUCUUCUUAUUGAAGCUAAAACGAAUAGGGAAACAACUUUCGCCAUUCCAAAAAGUGACAACGAUUCGUCUUUGACGCAACAUGUCUCCGAUAACAGGAUGCAGGUUGUGCGACCUAUCCCGCGAUUGCCCGAAGGUUUUUCCCAGAGGACAAAACCUGUUAUUCCCUUUUCAAACUUCUCGGACAAAUAUUUCGGCUUGAAAUCAAACCCUUGGCAUUACCCGUCCAUUUUGGUACCUCCACCAAUACGUCCUUCCCAGCAGUCUCUGGUAGCGAUGUUUGAUCCAGUACACGAGUCUCGGAGGCCUCAUUGCGCAGGGAACAUCGCGACGUCCUGGUAUGACUGUCCUCUCUGUGCCUUUUCGUUGGACGCUUGUCGGAUUCACCGCACCCCAUAUUUUGUGCCAAAUUUUCUCAGGCAAAGGAGGACACUUCCUUUCCCUGUAGGAAGACACUUCAGAACCGAGACCCCGCCCAUGGUUCUGGGCGCCGAAGGGAAAGAUAUCACCACCAUAGCGAAUGCCAGACUCCCACUAAAGAAACGGGACAUCAUAUGUUGAGACAGACGUUAUCAACCAGUGUGACAGAAAUGCGAGUCCAACUGGAAUGAAAGUCCCAGGGCAAGAAACAGUUUUUAUUGAGACAGAGAUGGUCAUUGCUGUUACAAACCGUCUUGAAAGAUAUCUUUUAGUGAGACACAUGUUGUAUAAAUAGUGAAUGUUAGUUGCUAUUCUUCUGAACCGUUAUCAGUCCCCUUUCAGUCAAAAGCAUACACAAGACUAGUCUAUUCAUCAAAUAAAUGGACAGGGUGAUGUAAACUCUUCUUCUAAGUAAAUAGAAUUCAUGAUUAUUCAGGAUAGAACAAUUU